UGCGGCUGUGUUCACCUAAGUUAUUUCGUUUCGUCUUCUCUAGCAUAACGUCAGUGAAAUUAACAAAACAAAGCCUGCUGCCGGAGCCCUGAGCCCGUGGAUGGAAGUGGAGAGGGCCCGAGAAAUGGGUCCAGAGAGAAUCUUACCGAACUCCGAGGAGGAGCUGGGACAGGACCGACCGUCAGAAACAGCGGUGGCUGAAGAGUGGAGUGGCGAGGAUAUGGAGGAAGAUGAAGGAGGCGCAGGAGACGAAGACGAGGAUAAUGCCGGUUAUUACUAUCAGCCGUUGAAUCAGGACCCUGACGGGCUCACGAAUUCCAUGCAAGCAGACCAAUCUGAAGAGCCGGGCACGCAUGCUGAACAACUUCAAGAGGUCCAGGAUAGAAUAGAGGCUCUAGGUCUGUUCCUGCCCCAGCCUCCUCCUCCAGACAGUGAUGAAGAGGAGGAUCCUGAAGGUGCUGCUGCACGGAGGAGUCAUGCGUCCAUCCCUAUGGAUGCAGACCACGUGGAACUGGUGAAAAGGACCAUGGCAGCGGUGAACUUUCCCACACUGGGUAUUCCAGCCUGGGCUAGAGAGAUCUCAGAUGACCAAUGGAAAGAUAUGGUCCAACAGACCCUCCAGUCCAGACAAAGCUCUGCAAGCCUAAGACUAGAGCACAAGUGAAACUGCACAUAAUAAGCCUUCAUCUCAAACCAUCAUCACUAUCAUCAGCUGACACUCAUUUUUGGUUAUACUUUAUCAAGAGCCUGGCACAUACACACAGCAGACUAAAUGUGGGGGAUACAAUAUUUAAAUAUGAUCUUGCUGUAUGUUGUGCUAGAAUGUGAGUGCGUGAAGCGAUUGAAAAGAAGCACCUUUAUUAUCUUAGGCCGUGGUCGGGGAAUGUGGUAUGGAGUUUUAAAAGCUAAAAUUUCAAAAUGGUCAAAAGUAACAGUAAAGAAACUUCUAAAUUGUCUUUUAGUCCUUUCAGACAAGGGCAUUAUAUUCUGUUGUAUGAAAUUCUGAUGAGAUUAUAAUAUCACGCUGACUUCAUGCGAGACGGAGGCAGUGGCUUCCUAUGGGGUUUGAAUGGUUUGAUUCCAAGCACUUGCUCUGUUUUGUUUUUUGUUUUCAGAAAAUCGUCAAGAUAAUUGGAUAAUUGUACACACUACUCUCUCGCUCCCUUUCUCUCAAUAUGUAAAUCUGAUUAGUCAUAAUGAUUUUUUUUUUUUUUUUGUCAAUUUUCAAACUGCAGCUUUUGGUUUUUACUGCAAAGAAUGAUCCAUGAUUUGUAUAUGUAGAUGUCUGUCAAAUGAAGAAGCGCGUAAGUUUUAGUCUUCUAUGUCAUGUGACUUUUCAGUGACCAAGCCAAUUGCCCCUGUUAACCUAACAAUUCAAGUAGUCUUAACCUUAGUUUUUAUGUACCCACAUAAAGCAAAGGUUAACGCUUUUGUACAGUAUUCCACAAAGCUUGGAAAAAAAAAAAAUCACCAGUUGUGACUUUUAUUUCUCUGUUUUGUUUUUGACUUUAUUUUGUUCUGUACAUACAUGAACAUCUGUACAAAAUAUGACUUUCAUACUAUGUAAUGCUCUACCUAAUUAAAGU